CCCAAAUCAUGCUAAUAUAUUUAGAUAGUGUAGCAUUAUGCAAAAGCUUGUUAGGCAUUUUUACCAUUGUAACUUUGAAAUUGGCUUAAGUUGAACCAAAAUUAUUAUGCUCUUAAAUUCCAUAUUAACCUUGUAACAAGGACCAAAAAUGAAAUAUUGAAUGCAUUUAUAAUGAUAAACAAUGGGGAAAUUGUUUUCAGUUUUGUAUUUAUCUUUUAUACCUCUGUAAGAAAAUAAAAUUUGUUUUACUUUAAUGCAUCCCAUCAUUUUAAGUUCAAAAUGACUGCUAACAGUGUGUACACUCAAAUCCCCAGGGUUUGAUAAUCGGACAAAUUUCAUAAUUGAUAAUCAAAUCAAAACGGAAAAUCAUUAUCAAUCGUCAAACUAAUAUAUUUUGCAUUGCUUAUAAGUAUUCAAUAUCAAAGAAUUGCAUUGCUUAGGAGUGCAAUGUAAUAACAUUGGUCUAACAUAAUUCUAGAACUGCAACGAUUUACAAAAAGCUCGCUUCGAUUCUAUUCUGAUAUCAGACAUGUUGAUUUGAUUAUUUUCGAUUCAUGUUUUACAUAUUGCUUCUAUUUAAAAUUAAGAUGUUUACUGAAAGUAUGUUAAAUCAUUGCAACUAUGAAAAACUAGGACAGUGUUUCAUCAAAAACAAAUUUUAAUUUACAAAACAUUCUGUUUACAAAGCUAAAUAAGAAGUUAACAUCACAAACUUAUAACAGAAACUGUCUGUUGAUAAACUUGAAAUGAAUAACAAAACAUGACAUGGUUUUGAUAUUCAUUUCAAUUUUAUUAACAGAUAAUUUCUGUUAAAAAUGUGUGAUGGUUUUCUGUACAUGUCAAAUUUGACGAUUUGACAGACUAAUUUUGAACACAUCAGUGGAGUGUUUCCUUUUUAAAUGCUGCAUGAGAUUACCGGUAGUUGAGCUGCCGGACUAAAAGUGGAUAACUAAGUCUAACGUUAUCAAAUUAAAUGUUACAUGUGGUAUUUUGUAUCAAUCCCUCGCGGAGCCAAAACUCCCUGAUUUUAGUUUUUUAGGAGCAUCUUGCAUUGAGGGAGAUGUCAUAUUACUAGGAUAGUAAGAAUGAAACUUUAUUAUUGAUUGGAUGCCAGAUUAACUAUUAACCAAUCGCUUGCCGACAAAAAGUCGACAGGCUUAGAAUGCGGAUACAAUGGGUCAUCUUGUAGCAUGCAUGUUUUAUAAGCCGAUCGAAUCAAGUUUUUGGGGUUUCUGUAUCAAAUCCAAAAGGCGAGUUUAAAACUGUUUUUUCGAUGCAUUGAGGCGAAUCGUUGCACCUCUACAUAAUUCAGUCACUCAAAGUCAUCAAAAUUAGAAACCAAUUACUAAAUAAAAAAUUGAUUAUUUGCUUUUUUUUCAGAAUUGGAAUACAAAAUGGGAGUGAUCAUUACUAUAAGGAGAUGGUCUUUUGAUCUCAAAUCUAUUACAGUAGAGCCAGUUAUGUUCAUCUACAUGUUCAAUGUGUUUUUGAACUUUGUAACGUUCCAGGCCCUAGUUUACGACAAAGUGUGUAAAAUGAAAUUUAAUUCAACAGUAUGUAAAAAUCUGGAAAACAUGACUUUUGCUUUAGAGGAAGAUACUGUCCAGAAAACAACUUCCACUUGGCUCUUGUACAGUAAUCUUACAAUGGCUGUGCCAGGCUUGUUGACUGUCAUGUUUUUACUGGGGCCAUGUGGGGAUAGAUUGGGAAGGAAACUUCCUGUACUUUGCCCCAUUAUCGGAGCCAUUUUGAGUACAGUCUCAAAUCUUGUCAAUGCUGCAUACAUGGAUGCGCCUUUAGAGUAUUUAUUAAUAGGCACUGUCCUUAGUGGGUUAUUUGGAGGGUACAUUGGAGCUUUAAUGGCAAUGUACACAUACAUAGCACACAUUUCAUCACCUACACAUAGAACUGUCAGGAUGGGAAUUCUCGAAGCUAUGGUAUUUCUCUCAGGCACAUUGGGGACAGCAGUGUCCGGUGUGAUACUUGAUAACACCAGUUAUGUGUUUGUGUUUGGGCUGCUUGCCGGUCUGCUUCUGAUGGGCCUGGUGUACACUGUGGUCUGGGUGGACAACAUCGUGCCGGAGCAGGCAGAAUCCACCCCUGAUCCUCUAGGUUGGGCGGCUGUCAUGCUGGGAGUGGUAAAGGAUGUUGCCAUGUGUGUGUGGAAAAGCAGGAGCAACAAGAACUUGCUCAAUCUCUGCCUGCUCUCUGUGAUAAUCUUUUUUCUUAUGCUCGUUAAUGUUGGCGAAAAUGAUAUUAUUCUUAUUUUCACGAGACAUCGGCCAUUCAAAUGGUCCCAAACUACUUUCGGAUUGUUCAAAGGGACAGAGUCUCUACUCCGAGGGCUUGGAAUGCUGAUAUUGAUGCCAAUCUGCAAGAAGAUCUUUGCUGCACGGGAUACUGUUGUGAUGCUUGCUGGCCUUAUUUCAAAAAUGAUUUCCAUGAUUUUUUAUGGUUUAAGUCAAAAUACUGGAGUCAUGUUUAUUGGGGCUAUCAGUGGAAUCCUGCAGGGGUUUAGCUCAGCCUCGAUUAGAGCACAGUCAGCUGGGAUGGUGAAAAGCAAUGAACAAGGCAAGUUGUUCAGUCUGAUGGCGCUGUUUGAGAGUAUUGCUUCCAUGGUAGCUACUAGUUUGUUCAACCCGGUGUAUAACGCCACACUGGAUUUUUUCCAUGGCUUCUGCUUCCUUAUGGCAGCUGGAAUUAUGUGCAUAGGGAUUGCCCUUGGCAUCGUCCUGCAUGUGCGAGUGAGUAGGAGUGGUCAGCAGAAUUACAGCCACCUUGCUGAAGACACACUGGACAUAGCUGAACACAAUGACCAGUCUGUACAGGAACAGAGCACUGCAGUCGAUAUACAGUCAUAAAUAAUAAAAAUCACUAAUUAUAAGUCAUUGAAAUUAUGAAGUUCAUGUAACUUUCUUUGGUAAAGGCCUGGGCUUGAUUUGGGUUUGCAAGCUUAUGCUUACUUCUUCCUCUGAUGUAUUAAAGUAUGUUCAAAAUUAAACAUUGAGUUGUGAGUGUGUAAUACUGCUGUUUUAAUAUUGAAGUUGGUGUAUAGCUUACUCUUGUGGAGAUGUAAGUUGAGAUUACAUUUGGGGUCAUUGGGUAAAGGUCAAGAUCAAGGCUUCUAACAAUAGAAGAACAGUUUGUGCUCAAAAGCUUGAGUUAGGUAUGCUGUGUAGUGAUGAAAGGCUGUGAUGAAACUUGGUAUGUUGCAAGCUCAUGUGGAGACGUGCCAGUAUCUCACUUGUACUUCAUCCGAAUAUACUCAUCCAUGGUGAAAAAUAAAGAUGUGAUGGGUUGAAACUUGUGAAACAUAUCUCGGGAUUGUAUUUUGGGUGAGUAGAGUCAAGGGUAUUGUUUCUUAACCAAUAUUUUAUCUCAAUAACUGAAGUUAUGAAUGAUAUCUAUUAAUAAAGUAAAGUCAAAUAGCAUGUAUGAUGAUGUUUACUUUGCAUUCAUUUUGGUUGGUACGAAAAAAGUAAAUUAUAGAAUUUCUGCUUAUAUUUCUGAGACACCUUAAUGUGAACAUGCUGAAUCAUUUUUUUGGGUAUAAAAUCUUCCAAUAGAAAGUAUGGUAUGGAUUAGAAAUUGUUUUAUUUUGGCUCUGUUGAUUUAUAAGCAUUCUCAUUCAUCAGAGGUUUGAUAAUGAUAGUUAUAUGUUAUAUGCAUAGCAUCAUCUCUUUGGAAUGAGAAUGAUUUAUAAGUUGGUGCAUUGAAGGUUGUUUAGAAUUUCAUUGACAUUGGGUUCGGUUCACAUUUUCGAGCAAGUUUGGUAUUUUGGUCACUUCUAAAAAGCCUUUAAUGCAAUUGACAUAUUAUUUAUCAUAGUGAAUAAUGCCAUCCAAAAAAAUAAGUUGGAUUACUCUAUGAUUCUCAAUUCAAGUUAUGACCUCAGAUUGACUUUGAAAGUUUAAUUGAUUUUUUUUUUUUGCAAGUUUGGAUUUUUGGUCAUAUCUCAAAAAUUGUUAAGGCAAUGUAGAUGAUAUAAUUCACCUUAGUAUUUUAGUAUUCAAUGUCAUUUGACAAUUAUGUUGAAUAACUCUUACUGACAGCUCUUGUUUGAUGUUUUGAUGUUAAGUUGACCUACUAGUGUCUUUAUUUUGAAUGAACCUAGUUCAGUAAAGAGUUUCAUUGUUACAUUAUUCACAAAAAAUAUCUUUAUCAUAAAAUGAUGAUAUUUACUGUCAUGGAGAAAAUGUGUUUCUACCCUCUUGCUUGCAUAGAUUAUAAUAAAUCGCUGCAUGGAUGUGUAAUGAUUGAAUGUAAUUUAUUUUGAGCAUAAUGAAUAAUGAUAAGACUGGCUGCUGUGAUACACUAGACAAUCCAUUUACUGUAUUUAGUGAUUUUGUUUAAAACUUGUUUUGUAUUGUUAUAAAAAUUUAAGCUUUA